GAUAGCACAACACGCCAGGGCGAAGUAAUUGCGGCACUUCACAUAGCACAGACAGUCCCCCUUGACGUCCCACUACACUUCAUAACGGGAUCGAACACACUAGCCAAGAUAUUAAUAACUUGCCUUCCCAAAUGGGAAGACAUAGGCUGGAUAGGAGUGAGCGGAGCCACAUACCUGCGAGCCCUAGUUAACAAGCUGCGCCAACGAUGCGCAGUGACAUCUUUCCGCACCCUGAAAUCACCCAGAGAACUAGCCCUACGGAACAUUGUCAGUGACCGACUACGAACCAGGUGGGCUAGCACCCCACAAACCCCAGUAAACCCAACAGAAGACACGACCUUCAAACUGUCAGGAGCAAAAGUCGCGACACUAACACAGAGGAUAGCGUACAGAGGCAUCCGAGAGCAGACACGCACACCAAAGCGCCCAUCUACAGUGAGAACAAUGUCUUCACUCAUGACAUACGUCCAGACCAAGGACGAAACGGCCCUUGAAGCAUCAGUCUGGAAAAGCACACGACACAGAGACCUCACGCGCCCCAUAGCCGACUUCAUCUGGAAGAACCUACAUAAAGCAUAUAAAGUCGGCACUUACUGGACACAUAUCCCGAACUAUGAAGACCGUGCCAGAUGCACGCCGUGUAACGCCAUGGACAGCUUAGAACACAUCCUCCUCCAUUGCAACGCCGACCACCAACACGUCCUAUGGCAGCUGACACGACGUAUCCUACAGAGGAAAGGGUUUACAGACACCUCAGUAUCAUACAACGACAUACUAUCCAUAGGGCUCUCACCGAGAGUGACCAAGAACUCACCUACCCGUGAACUGCAUCUACGCCUAAAACGGAUAGUAGUGUCCGAAACGGCACACCUCAUAUGGAAGCUCCGCUGUGAACGUGUCAUUCAACAUGAGGAUAACCCGGAAUGGCGACACCACAUACGCUCUAUAAUCGCGAAAUGGUUCCAUGCCAUCAAUAAGAGACUACGAAUAGACAUAUGGAGCACUAAACGACGCUUUGGACGCCUACAGAAGAACCGGAACUUAGUCCUGGCGACGUGGACGAGAGUACUGGAAGAUGAACUCGCCCUUCCUGAAGACUGGACGACGGUCCAUAGGUUUUUAGUGGGUAUUGACCCAGGGCUCUGCAUCGAUGUAGACCCCGGGUAG